CUGUGGCGUAGUGUGGAGGAAAGAGAAAAGCAGAAGCACGAAACGAUCGAGAAAGAUGUUUGAUAUUUUCUUUGAAUUAUUUUAAAAAUUGAUUGGUUUGCGUGAGAACACAUUUCGGUUGUAUUAAAGAUCUAUUUUAGUAAACAGUCCACAGACAGAAACAAACAUGCAUCGUGCAAGAAUUGUGCUUCAGACAUCUAGCAAAUUAGGCAAUAGCGAGAGAUUUGCAUCAUGGCUUUUAAACAAACCACAGAGUGCUGCUGUAACAGUAAACGCCCAAAGGCUGAAGAGUUCCACAGCAGCAGAGCCAUUCCUCAAUGGUUCCAGCUCCGCCUAUGUCGAGACUAUGUACAAUGCAUGGCUCUCUGACCCCAACUCUGUGCAUGCGUCUUGGGACGCGUUUUUCCGCAAUGCGACCGCGGGCGCGCAGCCCGGCGUUGCCUACACACCGCCGCCUAACUUAGCCCCCUACUCCAAGAAUGAGGUGCCGCUUACGUCACUCGUUCCCGCCUCCGCCGGUAUGCCCUCCAUCGCAUCAGGUUCUCCAAUCAACGAAAAGAUCAUCGACGACCAUUUGGCGGUGCAGGCGAUCAUCAGAAGCUACCAGUCUCGGGGCCACCUGGUGGCGCGACUCGAUCCCCUGGGCAUCGUGACCGGGGACCCGGUCUCGAGCGGCGAGUGGCACGGCGGCCUCCGCGCCUUCGCCACCGAGGCCGUUAUUAGACAACAUGUGAGAUUCGAUGAAGCCGACAUGGAUAGAGUUUUCAAACUCCCUUCGACGACUUUUAUUGGUGAAAAAGAAAAAGCUUUGCCACUUAGAGAAAUUCUGAACCGACUGGAGCAAGCGUACUGCAACAACAUCGGUAUCGAGUUCAUGUUCAUCAACUCGUUGGAGCAAUGCAACUGGAUCCGACAGCGUAUGGAGCCGCCCAAUGUUACCAAGAUGAGCCCCGACCAGAAAAGAUUGAUCCUUGCCCGCCUCACCAGGUCUACCGGUUUCGAGAACUUCCUGGCGAAGAAAUGGUCUUCAGAGAAACGUUUCGGUCUAGAGGGAUGCGAGAUUCUCAUUCCGGCCAUGAAGCAGGUUAUAGAUGUAUCCACAAAGCUUGGAGUUGAAUCCAUCAUAAUGGGCAUGCCACACAGAGGUCGUCUCAAUGUGUUGGCCAACGUGUGCCGCAAACCACUCCAUCAGUUGUUCACUCAGUUCGCUGGACUCGAGGCUGAAGAUGACGGUUCUGGUGAUGUGAAAUACCAUUUGGGUACAUACAUCGAGCGUUUGAACCGCGUCACCAACAAGAACAUUCGUCUUGCGGUGUGCGCCAAUCCCUCCCACUUGGAGGCUGUGGACCCCGUGGUGCAGGGCAAGACCAGGGCCGAGCAGUUCUACAGGGGCGACAAUGAAGGCAAAAAGGUGAUGUCGAUCCUGCUGCACGGUGAUGCGGCGUUUGCGGGUCAGGGCGUGGUGUUCGAGACGAUGCACUUGUCUGACCUGCCCGCCUACACCACACACGGAACUGUGCACAUCGUCGUCAACAACCAGAUCGGCUUCACUACCGAUCCCAGACACUCGCGAUCCUCCGCCUACUGUACAGACGUGGCGCGCGUGGUGAAUGCACCCAUCUUCCACGUGAACAGCGACAACCCGGAGGCGGUGAUGCACGUGUGCAACGUGGCGGCGGAGUGGCGCGCCACCUUCCACAAGGAUGUCGUCAUCGAUAUCGUCUCCUACCGCCGCAACGGACACAAUGAGGUCGACGAGCCCAUGUUCACGCAACCCCUCAUGUACCAGAAGAUCAGGAAGACCAAGCCAGUAUUGGAGAAGUACGCGGACCAGCUGAUAUCGGAGGGCGUGGUGACGGCGGAGGAGGUGAAGGACGUGAAGGACAAGUACGAGAAGAUCUGCGAGGACGCGUACAAUCAGGCCAAGCAGGAGACGCACAUCAAGUACAAGGACUGGCUCGACUCGCCCUGGUCCGGAUUCUUCGAGGGCAAGGACCCGCUCAAAAUGUCCCCGACUGGAGUAGUAGAAGAAACCCUUGUUCAUAUCGGAAAGCGUUUCUCGUCUCCACCACCCAACGCCGCCGAGUUCGAGAUCCAUAAAGGUCUGCUGCGAAUCCUCAAGUCCCGCAUGGAGAUGGUGGAGAACCGCACCGUGGACUGGGCGCUCGCUGAAGCCAUGGCCUUCGGCUCUCUGCUGAAGGAGGGCAUACAUGUCAGACUGUCCGGUGAAGAUGUGGAGAGAGGCACAUUCUCACACAGACAUCACGUGCUGCACCACCAGAAGGUGGACAAGGCGACGUACUGUGCCCUGGCGCAUCUCUACCCCGACCAGGCUCCUUACACCGUCUGCAACAGCUCACUCUCAGAAUAUGGUGUGCUCGGUUUUGAGGUUGGUUACUCGGUGACGAACCCCAACGCUCUGGUGCUGUGGGAGGCUCAGUUCGGAGACUUCAACAACGUGGCGCAGUGCAUCAUCGACCAGUUCAUCUCCAGCGGACAGGCCAAAUGGGUGCGCCAGUCAGGCAUCGUGUUGCUGCAGCCCCACGGCAUGGAGGGCAUGGGACCGGAACAUUCGUCCGCCCGCCUGGAGCGGUUCCUGCAGAUGAGCUCCGACGACCCCGACUACAUGCCCCCGGAGAGCCCCGACUAUGAGGUUCGUCAGCUGCACGACAGCAACUGGAUCGUAGCUAACUGCUCGACACCGGCGUCGUACUUCCACAUUCUGCGGCGUCAGAUCGCGCUGCCAUUCCGCAAACCUCUCAUCCUGAUGACGCCCAAGUCGCUGCUGCGUCACCCAGAGUGCAAGUCCUCCUUCGACGAUAUGAAUGAGGGCACCGCUUUCAAGAGAGUGAUCCCGGAGGAAGGUCCAGCGGCUGAGAAUCCACAGAACGUCCGCAAGCUGGCGUUCUGUUCGGGCCGCGUCUACUACGACCUGCUCAAGGAGAGGCGCGAGCGUGGACUCGACAAGGACAUCGCUAUUGCCAGAGUGGAACAGAUCUCCCCGUUCCCGUACGACCUGAUCAAGGCGGAGGUGGCGAAGUACCCGAACGCCCAGCUGGUGUGGAGCCAGGAGGAACACAAGAACAUGGGUGCCUGGAGCUACGUCGAGCCUCGCUUCCGCACCAUGCUGCAGAACCACAAGCAGAUCAGGGCAAAGUCCCAAUCGCAGGGGGGUAGUUGGCUAAGCCAACUGCUUGGGAAGUCACAGCCAACCCCACAAACUGACGGCACCACUGAAACUGUGCCCAGACUCAUUAGCUACAAUGGACGGGCCACCGCAGCUUCUCCCGCCACCGGCUCCAAGGCUGCACACAACAAAGAGCUUAAAAAUCUACUCGACGAAUUCUGCGUACUCUAAACGAUAAAUAGACCUCGAAAUUUGUACACAGCAAUAGACAAAUAUCCGGCAUCGAACCCUUUUUUAUGUUAAAUGAAGCCGAUUUUGUUACUAUAAUGGUUACCUACAACUGAAAUGUGUCUAUCGCAUUGUUCGCUGUUAAAAAUUUUCUAAACGAAAAUUUUUUUAUUACACACGUUCCUCCACUUGCGAUAUGUUUACGUUUUUUUUUGUUGUAUUUUUUAAAAUGUUACUGUCAGUAUUUUGCAACAAUU